GCGGUUAUUACCGAAGAGGGUUGACAGGAAGUGUCGGUCGCGUAGCUUAGCGUGGAUGCUAACGGUAAACUGUAAGAUUUAGCCACACCUCGCAGGUCCAGCUCACACAAACAAGAAUGGAUAUAAGUUAACAAUGACUGGAGAGAAGAAGAAGAAAAAGCGGCUGAACCGCAGCAUUCUUCUGGCUAAGAAAAUCAUCAUUAAAGAUGGAGGCACUCCACAGGGGAUUGGGGACCCCAGUGUUUACCAUGCCGUGGUGGUUAUCUUCCUGGAGUUCUUCGCCUGGGGACUACUCACCACUCCGAUGCUUACGGUUUUACGUGAGACAUUCCCACAGCACACAUUCCUGAUGAACGGCCUCAUUCAUGGGGUCAAGGGUCUGCUGUCUUUCCUGAGCGCUCCAUUAAUCGGUGCUCUGUCAGAUGUGUGGGGCCGAAAGUCUUUCCUGCUGCUCACUGUGUUCUUCACAUGCGCACCCAUACCUCUCAUGAAGAUCAGCCCAUGGUGGUACUUUGCAGUGAUCUCCAUGUCUGGUGUCUUUGCGGUCACCUUUUCUGUGAUAUUUGCAUACGUGGCUGAUAUCACCCAGGAGCAUGAGAGGAGCACAGCAUAUGGCCUGGUGUCAGCCACUUUCGCGGCCAGUCUGGUGACGAGCCCAGCGAUUGGUGCGUACUUGUCCCAGGCGUAUGGAGAUACUCUGGUGGUGAUCCUUGCCACGGCCAUAGCCCUUCUGGACAUCUGUUUCAUCCUGGUGGCGGUUCCCGAAUCCUUGCCUGAGAAGAUGAGACCGGCUUCCUGGGGCGCCCCCAUAUCCUGGGAGCAGGCGGAUCCUUUUGCUUCCCUGCGGAAGGUGGGUCAAGACUCCACAGUCCUCCUGAUCUGCAUCACAGUCUUCCUGUCGUACCUGCCUGAGGCUGGCCAGUACUCCAGCUUCUUCCUGUAUCUCAGACAGGUCAUUGGUUUCACAUCAGAAACAGUUGCUGCUUUUAUUGCAGUGGUGGGAAUCCUCUCCAUCUUGGCUCAGACGGUUGUCCUGGGAAUCCUGAUGCGGUCGAUAGGGAAUAAGAACACUAUCUUAUUAGGCCUCGGCUUUCAGAUCCUGCAGCUGGCUUGGUACGGCUUUGGCUCCCAGCCUUGGAUGAUGUGGGCCGCUGGAGCUGUGGCUGCCAUGUCCAGCAUCACCUUCCCAGCGAUAAGUGCCAUAGUGUCCCGCAACGCAGACCCCGACCAACAGGGUGUGGUGCAGGGGAUGAUCACGGGAAUCAGAGGAUUGUGUAACGGUCUCGGUCCAGCACUCUAUGGCUUUGUCUUCUACCUGUUUCACGUGGAGCUCAAUGAAAUGGACCCUGCAGAUAACCCAGUAAAGGGUGCCAAACUCAACAUGGCCAACCCCACUGAUGAGAGUGCCAUCAUCCCCGGUCCUCCUUUCUUGUUCGGAGCGUGUUCAGUGCUGCUGUCCCUUCUGGUUGCUCUCUUCAUACCGGAGCACAACGCCCUCAACAUGCGACCCGGCAGCUACAAAAAGCACAACAAUGGCGCGCAGAGCCACUCGCACAGCUCGCAGGGCGGACCCUGUGAGGGCAAAGAGCCUCUCCUGGAGGACAGCAGCGUAUAACCCUACCGACGAGGGGGUCUGGCAAAGACCCCAAACCCCCUCGCGCUCACUAACCCCACCUCCCCAGGCGCACGCGAGCAGUGCACCUUUUGCAGAGUCUUAAGGAAGAUGACAUCUUGUUCCCCGCAGCUCGGCGAAGGCCUGCCGGAUCGGCUUCAGGCAGAACAGUGCGGGCACGUGAGGAACCGGUGUGGAGCUAAGGACGUUUUCCAUGCUCGUGCGAGGAGAACGCAAGCAGACGCAGCUCUGUGCCGACAAGGCAUUUUUUUUCUUGUUACAUAGUCUUUGUGUUUCUUUCAAUAGUCCUCGUCCAAAGAAACCUGGUAACUGUAACAGUAGAGAUAUAUAUCUGUUGUGAGAUGUUACAGGGUAAGUUUCCAUGUGCUGCUUUCUACUGGUUGUUGUGGGUUUUGUAUUUAAUCGGGGUGAAAGAUGCUUUGGGAGAGAGCCUUUCCAGAACCUCAGACUGCCUCCUGUAACCAGGAAACGGAGGUCAUCAUCAUCAUCAUCAUCACUGAAUCACCUGCAGUUCUGAAAUUGUUCAUGCUUCUUGACUUUUACUAUAAAGAGGAAUUAAAAAGUGACUUUUCAUUGCUGUUAGCAAACCCACAUGAAGACAACGCUCUGAGAAGGGUCAGUAAUCGCAUUGCUCCCGUGUGAGGCCGUGCAUGUUAGGUUUUAUUUGUUGUCCGCUUCACCUCCAGACCUCUCUGUGAAAAUCAGCACUGCCACAUUACAUCAGGCCAGCAGGGGUCUUACUGACAACAUCCACUCGCAUACUUGGUUUUUCUAUUACUGCAAGCACGGAUGUGGGGGAAUAGCUUAAAUGUGAUUGGAUGAUCCAGUGAAUUAAUAUCUCACAUGCUGCUAUUUUAGGAAGUCCUGUGGUAUAAUACUAGACUCUAAAUGUGGUAUUAUAAUUAGAACUGAGAGUAUGUUAUUGUCAUUUAAGACCCUGAUUUUCCUCUUUCUAUUUGUGGUGCAUUUUUUUAUCAGUUCUCAACAGGUGUUAUUUUUUGCGUAAACCUUAAGUGCAUUCAGAUCACUUAUUUAAUUUAGAAACUAUUUUUAAUUAAGCUCUGGGUUUUUUUUUUUUCGUUUUAGGUGCCAUACCUAUAACUAUUUCUGUUUUUAAGUUUAAAUGCGUGUUUCACUUUUUCUGGUAUUUGUAGUUUUUUUUUUUUUAAGAUAAAUCUACAAGAGUAUCUACAGGCUUUGUCGUUAUAACAGAUUUUUAAUGUUUUGGACCAUUUCUGUUUAAAUGUCGUCACUGCUGAUCUGUAUGACCAAACUUGAAUUUAUGAUCUUUUUAAAAUAUCCCAAUAAUGGUUAUCGUGCUGUUUCGUACCUGCAUAAUGACUCUUACUAGCCACUAAUCUGUAAAGAAAUCUGGUGUUUGCCUCAGAAAAAAAGCCAAUUAAUUUGUGCCUAAAAUGUGCUUGAAAUGAAUACAAACAGUGUGUGUGUGGAUUGUGAGCUGGCUGUAAAUAUUAGGAACUAAUGAGACCCUAUUUAUUAAAAGUUUAUUGAUAUUGAA